AAUCAAAGAAUCAAAAUGUGACUCAUACACAAGUUUUCGUUUCGUUCGUUCGUUCGUAAUUGUGACAUUUAUUUGCAAAUGGCAUGGCAACAUAGAAAUAAGAAAAUUAAAAAAAGUUUGACACCCGAACGGUGAGGUAGGCUCUUUUCUGUUUUCAACCGUAUUUAUUGUGAAAAUUACACGAUUUUCUUGAUAAUUUGUAGAAGAUACGCUACUUUGAUGCCUAAAUUUUACUGAGGUAUAGCGGAGGGCAGUAUCGGCGCACGUUGAACAACAGCAAUGGUAAUGGAGGCGUCGCCGUCUCCGCAGAGCGUCGGACGCGAGUUCGUCCGGCAGUACUACACGCUGCUGAACAAAGCGCCUGCCCAUCUGCACAGGUUCUACAACAACUACUCGUCGUUCGUGCACGGCGGGCUGGACGCGCCCAACCGCGAGACGCUGCCCGUGGUCGGCCAGAAGCAGAUCCACAACCGCAUCCAGCAGCUGAACUUCCGCGACUGCCAUGCUAAGAUCAGCCAGGUGGACGCGCAGGCGACGCUGGGCAACGGCGUGGUGGUGCAGGUGACGGGCGAGCUCAGCAACGGCGGCGCGCCCAUGCGCAGGUUCACGCAGACCUUCGUGCUGGCCGCGCAGACGCCCAAGAAGUACUACGUGCACAAUGAUAUCUUCCGUUACCAGGACAUAGUGUUCUCCGACGAGGAGGGCUCGGGGUCGGGGCGCUCGGAGGGCGAGGAGGAGGAGGGCGCGGCGAGCUGCUUCCCGCCGCCGCUGCCCGCCUUCCCGCCGCACGGCUUCCCCGCGCCGCCCGCGCCGCCUGCGCAGCCCGCGCAGCUGCCGGCGACAUCCCCGGUGCCAGCGGCGACCCCGGCCCCCGCGGCCGCUGCCCCGGCGGCGCCCCCCGCGGCCCCCGCCGCCGCCGCGCCCGCCGCAGCCCCGGCCGCCCCCGCGCCGCACCUCAACGGACAUCCGCAUGACGAUAACCGGCCGCGGGCCAACACGCAGGCGAGCAGCAUAUCGCAGGUGUCCAGCGAGCGCGAGGUAGAGCCCGAGCCGGAGCCCGCGCCGCAGCCCGAGACUCCGCCGCCCGCUGCCCCGGCGGCGCCCGAGCCGAAGACGUACGCCAACCUGCUGAAGUCGGGCGCCGCGCCGCCCGCGCGACCGGACGCACCGCCGCCUGCGCGCGCGCCGCCCCGCCCGCACUACCACGCGGAGACCGCGGCCCCGCAGGCGGUGAGCGGCGCAGGCGCAGGCGGAGCGCCGGGCGCGGGCGCGCGCCGCUACUCCGACUCGCAGCAGCUGUUCCUGGGCAACCUGCCGCACUCCGCCACAGAGGAGGAGCUGCGCGCGGUGUUCUCGCGCUUCGGCGCGGUGGCGGAGCUGCGCGUGCACAGCAAGGCGGCGGCGGGCGCGCCGCGGCACCCCAACUACGGGUUCAUCACCUACGAGAGCGCCGCCGCCGCGCGCGACUGCCUCAACGCCGCGCCGCUGUACUUCCCGGCGGACAACCCGGAGGGCGUGAAGCUGAACGUGGAGGAGAAGAAGACGCGCGGGCGCGAACGCGAGCGCGAGCGGCGCCGCCCGCCCUCCUCGCAGCGGCCCUUCGCGCGCGGCGCCUACCGCCGCUAGGGCCGGCACUUCUCGCAGCUGUAUCGGAAUCCUCCACGCUCCAAUCGAUUCCCGUCACACGGUACAUCUUACUCUGUAUAAACUCGUCUUUGCGCGCGCGUUUCUUAUAUGUAAUGACCAACUGAAGUCAAAAGUUUGUGAGCUCUCGUCCAGGUGUUGUUUCAAACUCUCUGUAAUUGCAAAUUGAUUUUCAAUUGUUAAUUUAAGAUAUUUCCAUUAAACAACCUUUUUUUAGUAAUAAUGUCGCAUCACGUAUCAUUUUGUUGAACGCGCGUGGUUAACGGGCGCUCAUUGUGCACACAGUUUCCACACAACAUUUUGAAAGUAUGAUGAGCGCUCGUCAAAACGAGUGCCCCUACCUUACUUCCGCAUCUGCGCAGAACUUCGCAUAAUAAUGUAACGCGUAAAAAUAGUCCGCGUGAGAUCAGUGGUCUUUUUCAUGCUUUUGUUGCAUUUCUCUGUAAAAAGUAUCGUCUUUAACUUUGCGAAUGUAAUCCGUGAAAUAUACAACUAACAUGGAAACGAUCUCUCAGAACCAGAACGAGAAUGUCUGUGGGAUCGAGCGAGUUGCGAUACGUAAUGUUCUAAUUUCAGACGUUGAAACUAAAUAGCACUACGUAGUAAGUACGAAGGCAAAAUUUGUUUAUUUACCUCCUAAAAAAGUUGUAUCAAAUUUAUUUACUUUUUUACCUAUGCUUAGAAUUCUUCUUAAAUAAUUGCAACUACUCAAAAAAUUGACAAUUUUUGUUGCGAUUCGCUCGCCUUCAUAAGGCAUUCGUCCGGAUUUCAUCGUGAGGUCAGUGUAAUUGUAUAAAAAGCGGGUCCGUCCACAGUAUACUCUAUUCAAGGCGUGUAUCCCUUUAAAACUCUAAAAAGUAUUAAUAGUUUCGUUUUCUUCUUAGAAAUUGCAACAUCUGUGGAAUGUGGUGACGGACCCGCGACUCCGGGCUAACGCUUCGCUUACCUUUCGUUUAAGUAGUUAGAUAGUAAAUUAAUAAUUAUUAUUUGUCGCCCACUCGACUAUCGGAAGCGGUCAGCAGUUGGUCGUAGAGGGUUUUCUCACGAACGUUGAAAAUGCAUAUUAUCAUAACUCUCUUUCUGUCUUUUUGGCCUCAGAGUAGGAGUGAGAGGCAAGAUAAGCAAUGUCUUCUUGACGUUUGUGAAUAACCCCGCUACAACCGGUGAAAGGUUGCUCUAAAUACUGUGGUGGUUAGAUCGGGAAUUUAUUCAAAUUAUGAAAUCCAUCCGCCAUGUUUGAUUAGUUAAAGGGAACGUAAAAUGGCGGAUUGAUCGGUACCACUCGGUUACAAAACUAAUGUAAUUUACUUGAUAUUUACCUUUGAAAAUGAUUAUACGGCAUGACGUCUGCUAUUAAACUCACGAGGUUGUAAAAUUCAAAUAUUGAGAAGAAAGGGUAUUAAAUAUCUAAUUGAAAAUUUGGCAAAUGCAUCAUCAAACAUCCAGCAUAUUAAAAUAAAGUCUAAUUGUUAUGUCGUGCCAAUAGACCUACAAAAUCAUACUUAGCAAUGCCAACAUACAACGAAUACUAUAUAUAAUAGUAAUUAGUGGUUUGGAUAGACAAUAAAUGUUCCCGCGCAUUAACCCCCAGUGAACAAAUUUGAUGAAUUACUCUGAACAAGCGAAACAUGUCACAUUUCACCGGUUUUGAGUGAAUCACCAGAUUUGGAAGCAACCAAGCAAGCUGUCGGCCGCAACCGUCUGAUAUUGUGUGUACGGUCUGCUCACAAAAGUUCAUCCACAUAUUUUGAUAACUUUUUACAUAUAUUGUGAAUAAAGUUUUGUAGCAGACUGUACGUGUAGGGCGGUGUAAGGUUACGCCGGUAGUGUAGUCGCUAGGUCGCCGGCCGCGCCCCGCACUCUCUUCAAUGUUUUCAAAAAGAAAUAAUUUUCUUAACCUUACAUUAUAAUUUACAGUGCCCCAGUUGAAAAGUAUAUCAUUCGUGUCGUAGAGACGUUCAAAAGUGGUAUUCUUUUCUAUGCGUCGCAUUGUACGUCCGUCGAUGUGUUCGCCGUCGCCUUUGAAUCAUUUCUUCCAUAUCCGUUUUCUUGAAAUAAGCGUGGCGAUAACACAAAAAUCAAGAUUGAUCGGUGUGUUCAGUACUAAAUGUAUCCAAGAGGAAAUAAACUUGAAUGUUUCUCGCGAGAUGUCGCUAGUGAGAGACGCGGCCGCCGCCGAUGUAGGUUCGUCAGUUUUUAAGUUCGUUAUUUUUACCAAUAUACAAUGUCGGAAUUUAUACUUAGGAUAAGUCUCGCCGUGAGCUCUAAAACUGAUGCUCCGACUUCUAAAAGACGGCUAUAGUCAGAGCCUCGUGUUUGGCAGGCGAAAAGUCAUUGCCAACAGGGAUUUUUUGUGGUUGUUGUGGAACCACAUACUAUCUGGAAGUUCUCUUUUACAAAAUUCAUCUUAUUAUUUUUCGAGCCCCUCUGUAUAUUUUUUAUAACACCAAUAAGAAAUAUAAACUAUCUCUUUCUAAUUGUCCUAAUCAGAAAGAGAUGGAACAUCUCCAAACAUGGUCAUUCAGAUCUUUAUGUUUUAAGAGUUUGGUCUCCAGAUUGUAUGUUCUUUCGUGGUGGCUGCCAAAAGCAACAUCGUUGUAAAUCAGUUAUCACAAGUGUGUUGUGUUUCAGAGAUCACGGCAGACCCCGUAGUUGUAUUUGUAUCGCCAAAUCAGUAUCGUUUGGUCAGACAACGUAUGAACUUAUUCGAUGUAUAUAAACUAGUACCGAGCCCCGACCUCCGGCGCGCUUCUGAAAUAUAAACUGUAGAUUACUUUCCAGAUAUUUCCAGAAUAUAACGUAUUUUGUAUUUAUAAAUGUAAUGUAACGUAUGGUUCGCAAUAAUGUUGAUGCGGUUUGCAUUUAUUUAGACUGUUUAUCUGUGGCGAAGUCAGGACUCACGCUAAAUCACAAAAUUCAGAAGGGAAAUAUUUAAAAUGGUAAUAUUAUUUGAACAUUAUGUCGUGUCAAAGCAAACAACGUAGUGUUCCCAUCGGUACGGAGUAUCAAGUUACUUAACUGAACUUUCUCUGCACUUGACCUCUGUAACAUUUCCAUCUGCAAUUUUUCUUAACAGUGGUCAAAAGUCUCAGAUCAGGUCUUGAUACAAAUAUAAAGCGUGCGUCCAGGCUCCGCCAUUAAGUAUUCUGUGACAUUGGUUCACAAGCGUUUCACUUUUUAUCUAGUUUGUCCAAGGAAUUUCGGAACCGCCGAAUCGAUUUAUUAUCUUUCUACGUAGACCAUAAUGUCUCACGGUUAAUGGAAUACUCUAUAUUGUAGGAGAAAGAUUCGUCUUGCCGGUUUUGAGUGAAACGGGUUUGAUAGACGUGUAUGUUGACGCUUGAGGAACCAAUUCCACAGAGCACUCCAGGAUCGGGCUACAUGUUUAUGGGAUCUCUGUGAAAACUCGUGGUUUGUUGCAAAAUUUCCCGGUCCCACGUUUGUCCAAAAAGAUUCCAUAAAACAUGAAGCCCGCCCUUUGAAGGAUUCGCCACACUCCGGCAACGCCAUGUCCACGUACAGUCAAGUACAAAAGUCUAUAUAAUUUUCAUAGGAAAUGUUCCUAAAGUUAUAUGAAGACUUCUUUACUUGAUGGUGUAGUGGAGUAAUAUUAAUUUGACAGCCGGCGCGCGGCGAUAGCUAGUUUCCCAUCGUAGUUGUGCUAGGAAAGUGAUCGCUUGCUUUAAACUCAAGAAUUUAAUUUUAUGCCUCAACUAUAUAUCUGAUUUUUUAUGAAUAACAAUCGCUGAAUAAUAAACAUACAAUUAUAAUUUUCUAAAUAUGGCCACGUUCCUAGCACAGCUCGAGCGGGAAGCGAGCCAAACGUCUGCCGAUGACUCGACGUCAACGACAAAUUGGCAGUGACUUUUAUAUGUAUUAGUUUUCCUCGGUAUGUUUAUACUAUCCUUUUUUUCUAACUAGACACAUUUAUUUACAUAAGGAUAUUUUUAAUUCAAAGUUUGAAUAAUGUAUAACGGUGAAAACAUACGGUGGGGUAUUGUGCGAUUACGUCCUAUAAUGUUAGCUUGAUGAAGGAUGGAGGAAGCGGACUUACCUAUUCAUCGCUACAUAUUUACGCUAAUUGGUUUGGUAGGGUAGUUAGAAUUCUUUUAUAAUAAUCUUUCUACUCCGCUGAGUCAAUUAGACUAGUUUAUGUGGCGAUGUCAAUACGGUGAUGGUCUGCGGGGUUGAGACGGGACUGCACCGCGUGUUUUCAACCAGUUUGUGGAAAUUUUCGUGUACUUAUUUAUUGUAAAUAACAGUUUGGAAUCGAGAUUUACUGUGAGGCGAUCGUGGGCGCGGGUGGACUGCCACAGUACUCUACUGAGAUUGGAAACCAAUGUGUGAAGGUUCUAUUAUCUAUCGCAUUUUAACACACUUAUAAAUAUUUUGAAAUGGUGGUCCUAAAUUUACCCCUCAGAAUUAAUAACAAUAUACUAAAAUAAUCCAAUUCCCGCAGAACAAAUACAGACAUUUAUUCCAUAAUAUAAAUAGAUUGACAAAAUGACAUCGUCAGGAAGCGAUUGAAGGUCCUCCGGUCGAGUCUGAAGCUGUUCUCCGACAGUCGUUUGGCCUACGAACGAUUUGAGUACAUAAUUUUGCAUCAUCAGGAGAUUGUGCUACAGAAUUUUUCUUCUUUGAACGAUUUGUCGCCAGAAAAGCAGAAUGGAAAAAAUGGAGUCCAUUAUAAAAAAAAAGAUGAAUAGUCCUCUCGGCUGAAUGAAUGAAGACGAAAUGAUAUCGAAUCGUUCGUAGGUCACACGGCCGCCAUAGAACAGUUCCUCACUCCAUUUGUCUCCCUGCAGUGCAGGAUCCUUGUUUUAAAACAUUUUUUAAAAUAAACGUUUGUAUGGAUGUAAAGUUCCGAUGAAAUUCGCGAAGUAUCAGUAAACAUAGUAGAGUAUCGGUUGGUUCGGCCGGCCCUCGAACCCACGACCGCCGCAGACCGCCACUGCCUGUCUCCGACUACAGCGACACUGCCAACGCCACGGCGGCGGGACGUCCAAUAAUUUAGUUUUCUAAUGUAAUAACCUUUUAUGAGGUGGUAGGUAUAUUGCCAACAAAUGUUUUAACUUAGCGUCGUAAUUUUGUAUUAAGUAAGUACAAUUGCUGCAACUGUACCCUUGAAGUUUGUUCCGUAAUCAGCCUCCCAGCUAGCAUAGUUACUGAAAGAGCCCCUUGCUCUUAUUCAUACAAGACAGUUAAAGUAUGCCGAAUGUUAGUAGAUUUUUUUGUUGGAGUCUGAUCCUGCUGCCUUAUAAAAGUUUAAAAUUUUCGGAGAUUGUAUUGUAGAGUGAGUCGUGAUUCUAAUAUAAUAUAUAAUAAUGUAUUUCUUAAGGAACUAAUUUUUUUUACUCAGAAAAACAGAUUUUGUCCAAAAUUUAAAUUAUUUCUUUCGUAUAUUAUCCAUAUUUUCCACACUUAGAUCGCUCCACUCUCAUUAUAAUCUACCGUGCUCACUAAGGUGUAACUGUAAAACUAAACUAACCCAAUGUUUUCCAAGUUAACUAACAUUUAAUAUGUAUCUAGAUUCAGCACUGACUUACAUGUAAGCAUGUAUAUUCAUUGUAAAAUGGCGACGUCCCGCGACGCCGGCAAGAAGGUUGCCCGCACGCUGCUUACACCGCGUUACUACGGCGCUAGUGUGUCGGCCAAGUCGGGGGGGGGCAGGCCCGCUCCGUACUUGCGAUCCACACCAACUCCAUGAGCCCAAGGAAUAAAAGGGAUGAUAGACGAACGCUUAUUAUUUCUAUCAACAAAGACAACGAGCGCUUUCCUCAUAAGUUUUCGGCACAUUCUUAAUUAUCUACUCAGUUAACGAAUCGUGAUUGUAACAAGCGUGCCUGUUGCAGAUUUGAAAUGUAACAGUAUGUAAUGUGUCCACAUUAUUUAGUCCCGUCGCACGCAUUUUAUUCAGUUGUGACAACAUCAAUGUGGACUGGUCCGAAACUUUUAAUUUUAAUUUAAACCUCUUGCUAUAUACAUAUAAUUUGAUGCGCACAUAAUUUACAAAAUUAAACCACUAAAGGCAUCGUUAUUCAUCCCUCCAGUUUGGAACUUGUGUUAAUUAUGUUUUUUUAUUGAGAAUUUAUAUGAACAUUUAAUUUACAAGAAGAAUAAUGAAUUGUGUACAAUGGGUGAUGGAGUUGGUGCGUUGUCCUGGUAAAUUUGAAGUGCAGUGCCGUGCGGCGCCGCGCGGUGUCGGGCGGCGUCGUCGCUCGCGGUCGGCCGCCGCGCGGCGCUCUCUCUAAUAGAGAUGUACUUUUUGUAACAA